AACCAAACCUAGCCUCAUAUCCUGCACUGCUGCGAGACCGCUUGUAAACAUCGCAACAGUACCACAUCUCCCCACCACCGUCUCAUUCCUCUCGUCUCCUCUCCAACUCCCUACUGCAAUCACCCGUUCGUCAACGUUCCCCCUACCAACAAGCUUCUCAUCUUCCAACCAAACACGGCUACCCACCACCAGCCUAACCUCUCGUCCUUCUCCCCCCUUUUCCCUCCCUCUUCCACCAACACAAACAGAGGAGUCCCACCCGCCGACACCCGCUCCUAGUGACAACGCCGGCAAAGCAAGCUAGCCCGGAGGAGAAAAAGAAAACCGCUGUUCGCGCACCCGUUCAGCCACACCAAAAGGAAGUACGACCAACUCCCUCAUGGCCUCUCCGGAAUCGAGCCGCAUCGGGGGGGCUCGUCCCUCCGGCGGUGGUGGUGUAAAGGGUCUCCGGGCAAUGUUCGAAAACUCUGCCAGCCCCGCCAGUGGUAAUGCCUCACGCGAUAUCAGCCCUGGCCCUAAACCACUGGGCAAAGUCAGGACUUCAUUCGUGGCGGUUACAGGAAACAACGGUCAAAUGUUGGGACUGCAAAAAAUAUCCGCUCCUCCUAGCCCGACCGUUACUACGGAUGGGGGGAAGUUUACACCGGGUUUUCAGGAUAAGGAUAAGGUGAUUCAUGAUAAAAUAAUCAAGGAGGGGGGAGGUGCCGAGCCCGUCAACGGAGCUCCAAAGGUGGAAGAGCCCAGGAAGCUCGAGGCCAAAACAGAUUUCAAGAGGGAUGUUAAGAGGGAAAUCAUGGUUGAAUCGAAAGGAUCCCUUAAUGGAUUCUCUACGCCAAAACGGUCGCCCACCAUCCCAACCCCCACAUCCGAAGGAGUUCAAAUCAAGAUGGAGGAUGAGACCCCCCAGAGGCCUCUUGAAACGAUACCCACGCAAGCGGAGGAAGAGCGGAAGGAUACAAAGCUCGCGAAAACCGAUGACCCCAAGCCAAGGCCCGCGGCCAUCAAAACCGGCCAUGCUCCCAAAUCUCCCACGAAACCAGGCUUCAACUCCCCGAGAUUGAACAGAUCAUCUGUGAAGUCACCCACUGCGUCUGGCAACACGCUCACUCUCCCCACAUCCAGAACCACCUCCACUUCCCCAUUGCCCUCCCCAACUAUUCCGAGAAGCCCCGCUCGUGGUGCUUCAUCAAUUACUGGCAGCGCGACUAGCAGAAGGCCCGCCUCUACCUCGAGGGCUUCCUCCAAGACUCGUUCGGCCGCUACAUCUACAUCUAAUACGCCUAUCAAUCCCACUUUUAACACAAGCUCCAACGAUGCAACCUCAUCGGCAGCUUCCAAGACUCGGCAACCGGCCACCUCUAAGACAAGAACCGCCGCUCCACCCAAAACCGAGCAGAAACCUGUUCAGUCAAGGGAGCCAACCAAGCCAGCAGCCAUGCGCGGCUCAGCUUUUGGUCCUACCGCGGCUUCCGCGGCAAAGUUAGCGGCGGAUCAAGCCAAACAGCCUACAGCCCGCCGCCCUCCCUCUUCUGCGUCCGCUAUCCGUCAGACCUCUCCAAAUAACAGACCACGUCGCCCAGAGUCUAAUUUAGGUACUCGACCUACUGCGCGUAAGGCUACAAAGUCCCCAGUUAGACCAGCUACCUCCGCCACCACCCGAAGCAGCCGAACAAGCACAGAAUCCACCACUAGUGUUGCUCCGGUUGGCGGCGAUUUCUUGUCCCGCAUGAUGAGACCAACCACUGCAAGUGCUAGCAAGGUUACCGAUAAAAAGCAGAUACCAACUCAUCAGCCACCGAAGAGGUCUGGCUCGGUGACCAGUACAAGUCGAAGAAAAGAGGCAUCUUCGCUCCCUUCGCCGAAAGUUCGAUUGCAAAAGGAAGAUACGCGACCCGAAGGUUCCGUCAUCGAGGAGCCUGUUAUCCAAAAUCCAACUGAAUCUGAGGGCUGCGUGAAGGCAGAGAUAGAGGCCAAUGCCGUGGCUGUCCCUGAAGCAGCAGCCUCCGAGCCCAAACAGAUCACCGAGGUCGUUACAGAGCCAGAAUCGAUUCCCAACGAACUUAGCGUCGACACUACUGCAAGCGAGAUCACCAGCACCCACACUCAGAGCCCCUCGGUCGCUGGACAUGAGGAGGAUGAAGGGCAGACUCCUACCACCAGUGCUUCAUCCACCACCCUCGUACACGAAGGUGAUGUUCAAGAGGAGGUCGCAGGCAAAGAGUAAGCCCUCUUUUUCUCGUCCUCAUCCUCCGAAUUAUAUCCUAAUUCGAACCUUAGGGAGUAAGUAACGGUCCGGAAACACAACUCUCAAUGAGGAAUGGGCGGAAAACGGCUGUUCCAAUAUGAAAACCGCAAAUUAACUUUAUGGGGAGGGCUUUCUAUGUCUCUAGUUUGACGAAAUCUUUGCAUUCGGCGUGGGGUGAUCGGGGAUGGGAUUCGUCUUCAUUUCCUUGUUAUAUCCUUUUACAUCCCUUUCCCUUUCCCUCUUUCUCUCUUUUUUCCCGCCCUCCCACUUCUCUAACGCCAAUGGGAAUUUUAUGUGAACUUGGAACGAUCGAGGAUAACAUGAGUUCAUUUGCCUGCCUCGCUCUUAAAGCUUCUUGAUUAGUCGUUUUCAACUCUCUCUUAGUCACUUUUAACCAUAUCAUAUAAUCACUAAAUUCCCGAAGUCCUCUCGUUUCCCAGUCAUUUUCCUAUUUUUGCUCUUUUUUUUUCUACCACUCGUGAUUUUCGUUCUCCUCACUGCAUCUUUUCGAAUUACGGCGUGUUGGGAUUAAGGUAACUGGGUGCGUAUUCUUGAUUUUCCUUUCCUUCCUUCAUCCACCUUCACUAUCCGGGCCAUUUCGACGACGUCAUCUCGACACCGUCAUGAGCUCUUUUUUAUCUCCUUUCCUCUAACGGUAAAUCGGAAUUAUAGUUAUUGUAAUGCUGCUUUUUUGUUCUUUCCCUUCCGUCUUGUUCGGUUACCCUUCCCCCCUUCCUUCGUUUCAUUACAUAUCACUUUAGACGGGUAGUGUAGGGGAAUAAGAGUGCUGCCUGUGGAUUUCCCCGAGUGAUGUCUUAUGAGGCUCAUUCCUCGGCGUGGCUUGCAUGUGGUAAAGCUGAUGCAUACUUGUGGUGGUACCGGUAGGACUGGUAGAACUGGUAGCAGGGCCACCGGAAUAGAUUGCCUGUACUAGUGCUGUCGUAUAUUUGGAGUGUGUUACAAUAGUGUUUUGAACCCGCGAGUCGCCUCAUCGGGGAACCUUGACUGCAUUGCGGAUACUGGAAAGCGCCGUCCAAAAGGUAGUUGCAUAGUAUGAGGCAAGCUAGGUGCACCAGAGGUGAAUAUUUCGGUGCCUAGUGGAGUUCCGUGGUGCGUCCGACACCGGAUACUCCCCGUAAUGUCUAGCAGUGGGUUUGAU